AUGCGGUCCCAGUUGACCCGGCAUGUCCUGCGCCGACUGCAGCUUUCGACGGGCAGGCUCGCCGCCACGCCGCAAUGCUUGUGCAUAGCUCCUCGACCGAUAUUCCGGCCAUAUCCCGUCGGCUGCCGCGUGGUCCGGACGCCGGUUCAACGGCGCACGUUUCUCGGGGGCAUCUUCAAGAAGGAGCCCCGGGCGCUCAAGGACGUCGAGGCCGAGCCCGGUUACGAGACUCUGCUCCUCUUCCUCGCCAACCGUAAAGAAGGCACCCGGCUGCCUUCGCGGGCAGAGCUCUUGCAGGCCUGGCGCGAGUUCUUCGCCUACAAGACCAAGUACGAGCGGACCAUAAACUCGACACAGGCAUACUGCGCCCUGGAAGUGCUCCGGUACCUCGAGGAGCAGCAGGAGAACCCCGACGACAGCGACAGCUCAGCGACACUAUCCGAGGACGAUCUGCGACUAGCCCGAGACUCAUUGUCCAUAUCGCCGACUGAUACGCCCGAGAACCAUGUCGAGCUUGCGCGGAGCCUGUUCUCGGUCAUGCGCCGGAACAAGCUGGGCCUUCCUGUGGACACGCCUAUCAAAGACCUAUGGCCACAACUGAAGAGCGAUCUAUUGAAAGGCCGGCACGCAGAGCCGGAUCUUUUGAGAUUAAUAGUGGCAUUCUCGACAUUUGGGAAUGCUCUCGAGGCGAGAGAUAUUCUCUUGCAGUGUACAAAGUCAGGCCGCGGCAAGGACCCGAGCUUGUGGAGGCCCGUCCUGCAUGGCCUGGCCCGGGAGGAGAGGGUGCAUGAGGCUGUCGAGCUCAUCAACGAGUCAGAGAAGCAGGGCGUCGAGUUCAACAGGACGAUACACGGCGUCAUCACGACAUUUUUUGCCAAGCGAAACAUGGUCGAGGAGACGAAGCAAUGGUGGAGCAAGCCCAUCCGGCGGAACGAGCCCCCUUCGCGGACGACAUAUUUUGAGGUGCUGCUGUUCGCAAUACGGAACGGCGAGCAGCAAUGGGCUACCGAGAUCUACAAAGACCUUGUGGAGAAGCUGGAGACGGGGACUCUGAAGCGGCACAAGGCUUUGUGGGAUGUCGCUUUCCAAUGGGCUGUCCUGCUAUUAGGAAAGGGCCCUGAGCAUAUCGAGCACAUGUUUAGAGUGUGCACAGAGAGAGUGUCGGAGGAGUUUGCCCAGCCGGACAUUGACUCCAUCAACCGGAUACUGCAGGCGGCCAUCGAGAAGAAUGACCCCUACCUCGGCGAGCGAUUUAUCGCCCUUGGCGAGAAGCUGGGCUUUGAGAAGAACGAAGAAACCGUCAUGCUGCAGAUCGAAUACCGGUUGCGAGCUAACGACUUGGAUGGUGCUGUCAAGGCCUUCCGUUCCUUUGGCGACAGCACUACAACGAAAUCACAUCCCAUCUUGAACGAGCUCAUUCGAAAGCUGGGGGCCAUCACAAGUCCUGACUAUGAGAAGAUUCUGGAGAUCACGUCAUACCUGGAGCAGAGGAGCGCUACUCUCGAGCCGGACACGGUUGUGUCCAUAUGCAUGGCCUUCCUGCGCAACGAUGAACAGUUUGAGGUCAUGGACACUCUAUCUCUGCACACUGCGUACUACAGCAUUGCAGAACGAGGAACUGUGCGUAAGGCAUUUGUGCAAUAUUGCCUCGAUACACAAAACAGCACUGCCCGAGCUUGGGACGCUUACUCGCUGCUCCGCCAAUUCUUCCCCGAGCUCGAGAGGUCAGACCGCGUGCGCAUCAUGAAUUCCUUCUUCGGCCGCAGGCGUGCCGACAUGGCAUGCCAUGUCUUUGGCCAUAUGAGAGCGCACUCCAAUACUGAUAUCCGUCCGACGGUCGAGGACUACACGGCGUUCUUCGAGGGGCUCGGCACCGCGCCAGACGAAGCCAGUCUGAAAAUGGUCCACAACAUGUGGAAGAUGGACACGACCACGCAGCCAAACACGAAGCUCUACAACUCACUCAUGGUCGCAUACAUUGCCUGCGACACCUCAUACAUUGCGCUCGAGUUCUGGAAGGACAUCACCGUGUCCACGGAAGGCCCGUCGUACGAAUCACUACACUUGGCAUUCAUGGCGUACGAAAUAACAUCUGGGGGCGAUGAGCUCGCCGUAGAGCUGUGGCAAAAGAUACAGAGGAUGGAGAUCGAGGUUCCCGCCGAGGUGUACGGCGCCUAUGUCGCGGCGAUUGCGGCGCACGGGAACCUCGACAAGGCCCAGACGCUCCUGGAAGAGAUGCAGGGCGUCGUGGGCAAGCGGCCGGAACCCAUUACCCUUGCUAUCAUCCACAACGCGCUCCAGUCCGACCAAGAGAGGGAGGCGUUCUGCAACUUUGCGCAGCGCGAGUUCCCUCCCGUCUACGAGGCUCUGAACAAGAAUUUCAAGAAGCGAGAAAUCGAAGGAGAGCUCAAGUACCGGUUCGCCAGGCCGUGGAAGAUCGAGUCCGUCGAAACGCAGGAAAGCGCAUGA